AUGAAGAAUUUUACAGCAACCAUAGACGUAAAUCAAAAAAAUUCAAAUUUUGGCUGUCCUGACGAUGAAUUCGAUGAAAAUGGUGUUGAGAAAGAAUCACCAGAUAAUGAAAAUGAUGACCAGUUAUCAAGUUCUAGCGCCAGUGAAAUUGCCAAGCUAGCUGACGUUACAAUUUCAGAAGAUGCAAUAGAUGAUUUCGAUAAUGGUGCCUGUGCUAAAAAUAUAAAAGAUGAAGCGAUUACGAAUCUGAUCGAGAAAGCAAUAUUGUUGAAAUCUACAUCCAUAGACUUGAGCAAAAAAAAAUUGACAAGGUUUCCUGAGGCACUUUCGAAACUACCACAGCUAGAGUAUAUGUACCUUGAAGGGAAUGAGAUAGCCUCCCUGCCAAAUGAAUUUUUCAAAAUGUUCCCAAAUCUGAGAUGGCUUGAUCUGCGUAAUAAUCUUUUGACAAGGAUACCAUCUACUUAUCUUGCUACCCAUUCCUGCCUUCGUAAUCUUUUGCUGGAAGGAAACAACAUCUGCAAUCUGCCAUUGGAAUUAGGUUUAGUGAAGAGUUUGCAUGGACUGAACAUAGCUGGCAACCCUCUAGACUUCCCUCCACAUGAGAUUAUCGAGCAUGGAACCCAGUACACUCUUGCCUAUUUAAGGGACUUGUAUGAGGUCAAGCGUUCACAGCCCGGAGGCCUGGAGCUAAAGCUAAGUGAGGAGGCUCCUGUCGGAUAUGAACACCAAAGUGAAGUCUCUGAUGAUUGGAACACAACUGCCAGUUUAAUGGAUUUAGCAAAGCAACGGGAAAUCAUGUUUCAGAAUAAAUCUCAUUUAAAUGAAAACCCAGAUAUUUCUCAAACACAAGACUGUGUAAGUGAAACCAAAGGAAACGAAUACAAGUCAUCUAAGAUGAAUAAUGCAAAGAAAUUUAAGAAAAUGGAAACGGACAUAUUGGUUGGAAAAAAGAAAAAGGAGAAGAUAAUGUCUUGGAAGGUGAAUCCAUAUCCUUCCCUUCCCACUUCAGAUUAUGUGAAAUUUAGAAUGAACGAGGACAGGCAUCUGGCAAAAGUGAAAGAGCAGAAGAGAAAGAUAGAAGAGAUCAUUCAGAAGCAGAAAAAUGAAGCUGUACUAGGGAAAUGGCGAGAGGUUGCAAAGAUGCUUCAAAAAAAGAAAUAUUCUCAGCGUCUGUUACCAGGAAAAGAUUACAAGGAGCCUGGAGAACAAGCUCCGUUUGGUAUUGAAAUGGACAUGAUGAAAGUACUUUCCAAAGAAGACAGACUAAAGGCUGAUUUAGAGAAAGAUUUAGCGUUAAAACAACAAAGAAUAGUUUCACCGAGAACAAGGGCAAGAAGAGAACAAGAGAAGCAAAACAGAAUUAUUGAGCUGGAAGCCAGAAUCAAGCAGCACAUGUCAAUGAUGAUGGAGAGGAGGAAACAGCCCAAAGGUACACCUCAACAUGAGAAGGAAGUGGCCAGAAAAGAACUAGUGAUUGCCGAACAGCUGUACAAUGAAUUAUUUGCAGAGAGGCGGGACAUUGAAUAUCAUAUCAAGACUGUCUCUGCCAAUGUUGCUAGAACAGUUAAGGCAAACAAACCCAAGGCCACAUGA